UUGUAUUGUAUGCUGGAAAGCAGAGCGUCCAUUCGUCUAAUUUGACGGUAUAAACACACGUGUAUUUGUUGUCUUAAAAUAAGUUCAUAACGACAUCAAACCAUUCAACAAUGUCCUUCUGCCAGGAAGACGGAAAAGACAAAUAUGUAUUUCUAACGUCAGAUGAAGCCAACGAGCCAAGUAAACUGUCUGUACCAGAAGAGAUAGACAGACCAGAGAAUUUUGUUAAAGGUUUUAUUGAUGAGAAAGGAAGUCUGAACUGGGAAUGUGCCUGUCGUGGAAGUAUGGUGGCCAGCAGAUGUGGGGUUGAGAUGAGAGAUUUCUUCCAGUGUAUCCAUGACAACAUGAACAAUGAAGAGAAGGCUGAUGCCUGUCUUGAGAAGUUUCAUGAAGUGAAAACAUGCAUGGAUAAAUUUCCCGAACAUUAUAAAAGUCCAGAGGAGGAUGAGGCAGAAGAGGGAGCAUCUGAAAAAGCUGAAUCUCAAGCUUCAAAAUAAUUUUAAUAUCACAGAGACUUCAAUUACAUGGAUAGCCUAUACAACCAUGUGAUGUGUGUUAUACAUGAAACAUUGUAAUAAGGAUUGAGUGUUAAGUGAUGAUCAUUUUUGUUGAGUAAAUGUUGGAACAUAUUUUAUUGUUUUGAACAAACCUUACCUCAGUUUCUCAAGUAAAAACAAACAUCUAUAACUGUUAUAUUAUUCAUUAUUAUCUAAUUACAUCAAUUCAGGCGUUGAUGUUUCCUACUUCAAUUUGUGUGAGGGGGUCAGGAUAGCUCAGUCGGUUAGAGCACCAGCCACUUAACCUCAGGUGAAGAUCUGAGGUGAGUGUUGCGACACUCCCUACCCACUGCGAUUGCGUUUCUCACGAAGCAGUGAAAUUGUCUGGUUUGUGCUGUCGUGGUUGUGUCCUUUGCCAAACCACUUCACCCUGAUUGCUCUGGACGGGUUUCCCAUUGUUCAGUGAGGUAGUCAGCAACUAUUACCCCACCUCAAAAAAGACACUGACUGUUCAUGGUGCAAUAAAUCCAGCAAACAAUGAUUGAUUUGUAAUAAUAACAUGUAAGUAUCAUGUCACACUGGUGGUAUUUUAUUAGUCUAUAGGAUUCCCCUAUAUCUGUAUGGGUCACACUCUCUAGGUUUUACAUUCUGUAGUAAUAACACCCCCCACCCGACCUCAAAGCUGUAAUACAUCAAGGCCCUGCCAAAUGUGAGGUCAUUGAGGCAAUACAAUCCUAGAUAUGUCAUAUUAACUUGAAAAUAGUGUGCUGUAUAAUGUCUACUUGAUUCGUUUCUGAUGUACUACCAUCUACGCUGCAUCAUACAAAAGACAUGUGACUCUGUCAGAACCCAGAGAGCCUUAACUUAAUAACAGUAACUGAUUCCUCCUCUAGAUAAUGACUAUAUAUUUAGUGAUGCUAAAGAACACUUGUAUUGCUUUCUUGAAAGAAAACAGAUUACCUCCCCUUUUUCACGUUUUACAGUACAUAAGAUGUACAACAAGUAUAAGAAAUCAUUGUUAUUAUUAUAGCGAGUAUGGGUACUGUUCUUGUUAUGGUAAACUAACAAUUACAAUAUUUCAGCAUUUAUCUUAGUCUAGUAAAUAUUCUAGUACACAUAAGUAGUAAUUGUAUUGUAUUGGACAGAAAGACUCUGGUUUUGUUAUAGCUAGUGUAUACUGUGGUUGAGUCAAGUCAUCAUUCAAGAGUCAAUCAUACUCUAAAACGUUUGAUUGUCCUAAAAUAUAUAGUGGUUUUUUUUGGGUUUUUUUUGUUAGUUUUUUAAUUUGUAUGUAAUGAUUGCGAGGACUAAAUGCAUAACAGUUGACAGAACAAUAAAUGUAAUCAAAAGGA